AGCGAGAGCGGUACUGCUAGCCGGUGGAGGGCGAGGCUGAAGCCUGGUGUUCCAUGCCUCCCUCUUCUUGGGAUUCCUUUAAGGAAGGCGGGGGAACAACGUGCAGCCUAAUCUCCCCGCCUUGCGCAUCCGUUCCCCAAAUAGAGGCUCUUCAUUCCCCAUCGCCGGUUCCCCUACGUGGGCUGAGCGCACCUUCCGCACACGCGGCCCGGCUGCGGCUCCCUGACUCAUUACAAUCCCGUACUAGUCCCAGUCCCUGCCCUGUCGCCCCGCCGGAACGGUGAUCGCCAGCCCCACCGUUCUUCCGCUGCCAUCGCUGCCAGCACCAUGGGCAGUGAGCAGAGCUCCGAGGCCGAGAGCCGACCCAACGAUCUGAACUCCUCAGUGACUCCUUCUCCAGCUAAGCAUAGAGCCAAGAUGGAUGACAUCGUGGUUGUAGCUCAGGGCUCCCAGGCCUCACGGAAUGUCAGCAAUGAUCCUGAUGUCAUCAAAUUGCAAGAGAUUCCAACCUUCCAACCACUUUUGAAAGGGCUAUUGAGUGGCCAGACUUCCCCAACCAACACCAAACUGGAGAAACUGGAUUCUCAGCAGGUGUUGCAGCUCUGCCUCCGAUAUCAGGAUCACCUCCACCAGUGUGCGGAGGCCGUUGCUUUUGACCAGAAUGCUUUGGUUAAACGAAUCAAAGAGAUAGAUCUGUCUGUAGAAACUCUCUUCAGCUUCAUGCAAGAGCGCCAGAAAAGAUAUGCCAAAUACGCCGAGCAGAUCCAGAAAGUCAACGAGAUGUCCGCCAUCCUCCGCCGCAUACAGAUGGGCAUUGACCAGACCGUGCCCCUGAUGGAGAGGCUCAACAGCAUGCUGCCGGAGGCCGAGCGGCUGGAGCCCUUCAGCAUGAAGCCAGACCGGGAGCUCAAGCUGUAGAGGCGUUUCUCCCUUCCCGCCGGGCGGGUGACCCGUGGGAGCAGAGCCUGGCACCACCGAUACCCUGAGGACACUUGGAAACAAAGUCAUGCGGUGUGGCCAGGGCUCGGAGCUGGCUGAAGGGGAGGCAAAGCAGCCCCGCUGGCUCAAAAACCUGACUCUGCCCUUCCGCCCCCUUUCCUUGAUGCGGUUCCUUUUGCAAAGUGAACCCAAGCCAUCCUCGGUGUUACUGAAAGUUGGGACAGUUUUAUUAGGAAUUCUUUACAGAACUCUGCAUUGGGAAUUAUUUUUAUUUUGUUUAGUUUUUUGUAAUUGAGAGUAUGUAUUAUCUAGUCUGGUGUGUGGAGUGGAAAUAUGGAGAGAAGGGGAGAAAUGUUUUAAGAAGCUCUGUGUCCUUGAUGCCUCCAUGAACUUUUACUCACGAGGCUCGCUGGGUUACAGGCUAUACACAUAAAGAAGUGAUUUAACCCA